UAGCUAUAAAUGGACGAUGUCAUUUACUUCACAGACGGACAUUAGCAUAGCCAGCCAGUACUCGGCGGCGUUAGAACGAAAGCAGUGCAUAUACAUCCUCGCAACCCUGGCCAUGUUUUCCGUUCUCAUUGUAGAUGACUUUAUAUUCUACAUGAUGGAAGCUAUGAAGGUCGAUCGAGAAUGGAACGUCUUGUACUACUACAUUGCUUUUUACUCGCUGUGGUACUUGGUCAUUAUUCUGGAAGUUCAGUUUGCGUUCACCGCGCUCUUAGUGCGCUCUCGCUUGUCCGCCAUCAACAAUGCUUUCGCGCUGACUGUUCGCCAUGCCUCCAUCCCUGGUACUUGGUUUUGCUUAAUUGUGUUUAGAGCUGCGUUAAAACUAUUCCUACUGGUAAUAAAAAUAUGUUAAAUAAAAUAUUUUU